CGGGAAAAGCGCCGAGGAGGAGGGAGGCGGUGACGUCACCGGAAGCGGAGGUCGGACUCCUUCCGGUAGCGCGUGAGCCCGAGCGGAGCCGAGAGCCAGCGGAGCCUGAACCCCGACAAGACAAGAUGGCCGGGCUGCCCCGCAGGAUCAUCAAGGAAACCCAGCGCUUGCUGGCAGAACCUGUUCCUGGAAUAAAGGCAGAGCCAGAUGAAAGCAACGCACGUUAUUUUCAUGUGGUCAUUGCAGGUCCACAGGAUUCUCCCUUCGAGGGUGGGACAUUUAAACUUGAACUAUUCCUUCCAGAAGAAUACCCAAUGGCAGCUCCGAAAGUACGUUUCAUGACCAAAAUUUAUCAUCCUAACGUAGACAAAUUGGGAAGAAUAUGUUUAGAUAUUUUGAAAGAUAAAUGGUCUCCAGCAUUGCAGAUCCGUACAGUUCUGCUAUCAAUCCAGGCUUUGUUAAGUGCUCCCAACCCAGAUGAUCCACUAGCAAAUGAUGUAGCUGAGCAGUGGAAGACCAAUGAAGCCCAAGCCAUAGAAACAGCCAGAGCAUGGACUAGGCUAUAUGCCAUGAAUAAUAUUUAAAAUGUGCUCUGAAUCAGUGUGCAUCACUUUUUCCUGUUCUGCCAAGACCUCUUCCUUUUUGUUUGCAUUUAAUGGACACAGUCUUAGAAAACAUUACAGAAUUAAAAAACAGAAACAAAACCAGACAUCAAUUCUUUGGUGAUUUAAAUGCACACUAGCAAAUCUGUGUCUUGUCCUAAUUCACUCCUGUUCUGCAUGAGCAGAGGCUAGAAGCAUCAUCAGGAUUGUUUGUGAAAUUGUUUAAAAGCAGUAACACAUCUCUGCUUUUAAUAAGUUUUUUCCCAUCAUGAGUUAAGUGUGAGCACUGUGAAUGAAAGUAGUCAGGGUUAGCUGCAGGCAUAUUUUGUUCUAAUUGUGUGAGCUCCUUUUCCCUUUUUUAUGGUGAUGCUAAUUGCAUUGGUUAAAGCAGCUAACCAGUUAUACUCUAGAAUAUGCCAUCUAGCCAAGUCUAACUUAGACACUGUAGAUGGACAAGCUUGGUUGUUUGAACAAAAACGGGAACAUUAAACAUCCAUUCACUAAUAAUAUUGUGAUUCUGCUGUCAAAUGUAAAAAUCCCUCCCUUCAAGGAAUAAAAGCUUGUGACCAUUUUGUAUGGCUUGUCUGGAAAAUCUUCUGUAAAUCUUCUGUUUUAGUAAAAUAUUUUGUUAUUCUACUUUGCCUUUGUACAGUUUGUUUUGCUGUGUUUUUUCCUCAAUUUUCAAUUGUGACAAUCUUUUUUAAAAGAAAAUGAAACCAGAUUGGAACAUUUUGAUUUUCACCAACCUAAUGGAUGUAGUAAAACAUUGGAUCUUUUACUGACUUGUAUUCAUAGGCCAUGCCUCAUUAGUGUUCAUAAUAUAUAUAUAUAUUUUUGAUUUUGUGUUUUUUAAAAAACCUCUGGUAAAUGUAAGUGCUUAUCAGAGUCUUAAGUAGGUUAGAUGCAUCAUUGAUGUAUAUGUACUUGCAAUGUUAAGUACCACUGAACCAGGAAGCUAGCAAAACAAACAGCAAUUUUGGGUGUAUGUGUAACUUGUCUGUCUUGUGCUAAGUAUUACCAGAUAUCAGACUACACAUUUACAGGUAACUUGCAUCUUUAAAAAGAAGAUAUUUGCAUAAAAUGAGAUGUUACAGUACAGGUCAAUUGGAUGAUAAAGUAUUUAAAGCUAGCCUUGCUAACUCUGGCCUUGCCUGCUAUCCUUAAACUCCUGUUUUCUUUUUGACUUGUUUCUUCAUUUGGAAGACAGAGAUCACUUGAUUUUUUUAAAGCCAUCAUAUUAAAAUAUAAAUAAUUUAUGGGAGCAUAUUCUGAUUUCAUUUCAAACUUACUUUUCUGACCCUACAUUUGACCAGCUUCUAAAAUUUCUCUUUUCAAUGUGGCCAGUGUAAUGCCAGCUUGCCAUGGGUAAUGUCUGUCUGGCAGUUCAGAAGGACAGUACUUGACUUCCAUAGUUCUCUGCCCAUCAUACCUGUUCUAGCAUCGUAUGGGUUUCUAUAGAAUGUGGUGUAUGUAUUGUGCUCUUAUGUAAGAUAAAGAAUAUCUAUUAAAAUCACAUUUUCAACAGACAAAAUGUUUUAGUGAUGGUAUGUCCCUCAAAUUACUUGCAUUAUUAUCAGGCUUUUAUCAUAUUUAUCCUCAAUAGGAGAGAGCAACUCCAGAAUGCUUCUGGAUUCUUUAUUCAGUGGUAGCUGGGCUUGUAGCUAGUCUUAUGUCACACUACUUUAAUUGUUAAUAUGCUCUUUCAACCUUUACAAAUAUUUUAACUGACUGAAUAUAAAUAUGUAAGUUGUCAAGCAUUUCACUGAAUGAACAUAAACAGGUACAUAUACUUUGUAUUGUAACUGCAAGAAUGUUUUACAUAGGAGCAAGCUGCACUGAGUUACCAAGACAUACUCCCUAGAAAGUCUGCUUAGUUUGUUUUUUUAACUUGGGGAAAAAGUUAAUUUUACUUAGCUAUCCACAUUGAAAUAGCUUUUUAUUGUGUAUUUUGAUGCUCAUUGUUAAUUGUCUGUCUGGCAGUUCAGAAGGACAUAUUGGCCUUUCUGUGAUGUUAAGAAUGCUUCUACUGUGGGAUUAUACCUGUUUUUUUUAAACAUCUUUCACAGCAGAACAUAUUUAUUAUGUACCUUUCACUCUGGUAUUUAACCACUGAAAUAUAUUUCUAGAGAAAUGAUCUAAGAGCUGUUCUUAAAAAACAACAACAACCCAGCACCAUGAUGAAGUAUGAUAUAGAUAUGAUGGUUGUAUAAUUACAGACUUGUUUAACUUUCCAAACUAGUGCAUAAUUCAACCAAAGUUAAGCAGCAGUCUUAAUGGGAGGGUUAUAUUUAAUCCUAAGGGUAUUUGUUUGCAGUGAGUGCUGUUGAGUUCAGUGGAACUUACUUCUCUCUCUGUGUGCAUAGGAUUGCAAUCUUAAGCACAUGCUUAAAUAUUUCCUGUUCAAAUAAAUGGGACCUAACAGUGUCUGACACUGUAUGAUGUCUCUUUUUACUCUUGCAUGCAGCAAAUAUUGCUAAACAUUUAAAAAAAAAUCAUGGUCUUAAACUUUGGCAGCAGUAUGCAACUGAUGCUAUAUUUCAGAGAAAGCUAUAUUCACUCAAACAUUUGAUAAAGCAACUUUCAGUAGAAUCCCGCUUUGCAUUUGAAAUUCACUAAGCUUAAAAUAGUCUUGGAGCUUGGUGCAAAAGCUGCUUAAUUGGACUGUGAUUAAGUGUUGUGCAUGCUGUUUCUUUCCCAAGUGCACUGAAAAACAGUUCUUGUGCCAAAUCCCUUGAACUGAUUUCUGAAUUAGGGAGUUUGAGUAUUCUUUGACAGUAGUUAAGGUGAAAAUGCCCCCCCCCCUCCAGCCCAAACCCUAUAGAUUUUAGCUCUGCCUGUUAAGAGUGAUAAUUAAAUGACUUCAAUAUCUCUGUCCUAUUUUUAAAUCCAUCUUAAAUCUAGGAAGGUAACUACAGUCAUUGAGUGUACUUGAAUCUUAUCUCUGUGUAAUUUGAUGGAACUAGUGACUUGAUAUCUGAUUAAAACUGUGUGUUUACCCUUCUUUUCUAGCAAACCCAGUUUAACUAACUUGGGCUACAAUUCACAUCCUGUAUAAUCUGAAACAGCCCCUCUGAGUAUAUAGAAUUGUGGUACAAAUAUUCUACAAUAAAUAGGUCACUUAUUUUAGUUUUGAUACAUCUCAGCUGGCUGGAAUUGAUCCAUUGUACUAUACUGAUAAGCAGACUUCACUUUUUUCCAUAAUCACUACAUGGAACUGUGUUUGCAAUAUGAUAGUGUAUACUAGGUAGAAAGACUGGAUUCUUUUACUGAAUUACAGUACAGGUGUUCCAUAUUAAUGUUGGGUGCUAAUAAUUCACAAAUUUGAAAAAAAAUUAUCUGGUGUAUAUACUGAUUUAUGAAGCCUAAGUUUAAAUUAAAAUCAUGUUUGCAAUCACACUCUUUUUCUGAAAUUAGUAAAUCAUGGGUUUUUUGUUUUGUUUCUGUGAGUAAUGGUUUUGAAAGGAAGAAAUGCAAAUAACACACGUCCAUGCUUUGCAUGGAUAAAUUGUUUCUGACAAAUCUAUUGAAUAUUGCAUAAUUAUAUCCUAAAAUCGUAUGUGGAUUUUUUGCUUUGGAAAAAGCAUAUUUCCAGUACAUUAUGGUUCUUGUACAAUAUUUCUGGGGCUAGCUGAAUCAGAUUUUUGUAUAUCCAAACAUAUGUACAUUCCUGUCAUUUUCAGAAUUAUUUUAAAAUGCCUGAUAGAUUCUGUUUGACAUCUUCUGACUGUAAUGUUAUGACACUGAAAUAAAAGGAAGAGUGAUUAUUCAUUA